AUGACAUCGAACUUCAAGGCCAUUCACCUGAACCACGAGAUCCCAGACCUUUCUGGUUCCUUUGAAAUCACCUGUUCCCCGGGCACGGAUAUCUGGGACAAGCCGCCUGCAACGCACUCAUUCAAUGCGCCAAUAGUGUACAGGACUAACACAGUCGGCUCAUUCAAGUCCGCCAAGGUGACAGUUUCGGCCCGGUGGAAGGACAAGUACGAUCAAGGCGGACUGUGUCUCGUCAUAAGAACGAGCGACAUCACUCGCUGGGUCAAGACUGGCAUUGAGUUCCUCGACAAUGUGCCGUUGGUGGGCACUGUGGCCAAGGAUCGGUGGGCAGAUUGGAGUCUCAGGCCUCUGCUGGCUGAGACAAUGAGUAUUGAAAACACGGCUAUCGUUGAGAUGGAGAAUGCAAGCGACGGAAGUCUCUGGAUCUGGCUUGUCAGUGAGAGCGGGAAGAGGUUACCAUUGAGAGAAGUGACUUGGUGGGGAGAUGUGCCCAAGGAGACAGAGAUUUGGAUUGGUGUCUAUGCUGCGAAGCCCGCACCGCAUGGUGAGAAGGAUGAUUUGGUUGUUAAGUUUGACGGGUUGGAUAUUCAGUAG